AAUUACGUAGCCAGAAUGGCAUUACAUUUCGAGUUCGUGUUCUCCUUCACCAGAUGACUUGUCCAAUCCCCAUUAGUUGAAACUUGAGAUCUUCUUGACCAAAUUCCCACCUUCCUCCUUCACCCACUCCCCAAAUCUUUAUACCUCCAAUACCCACUUCUCUAUAUCCCUUUCAAAAGUCUCUAUUUUUUUUUAAUCUGAUUGAAAUUGGGUUUUAUGACUUGAUAUACACCAAACAUCGCCCCCCCAUAUUAAUACCAUUUCCUUCUGAUCCAACCAACGUUUUUAAAGCCUUGAAGAGAUUUUAAUUAGAAGACCCCAAGAUGAACAAUCUGUUUUCAGGCUCUUUCACUCGCUUCCGAAGCGAAGAAGGUUCCCCCGACCACCACGCAGUCCAGAUGACAGAAUCGUCUCCAUCCUCCCGCGGUGUCAACCUUGACAAGUUCUUCGACGAUGUGGAGUCCAUCAAAGACGAGCUGAAAGAGCUGGAGAGGCUGAACGACGACCUUUCCUCGUCUCAUGAGCAGAGCAAGACAUUGCACAACGCGAAAGCCGUGAGAGAUUUAAGAGCCAAAAUGGAUGGGGACGUGGCCAUGGCGUUGAAAAAGGCCAAGCUUAUCAAAGUUAGGCUGGAAGCGCUUGAUCGGUCCAACGCCGCUAACAGGAGCUUGCCUGGGUGUGGACCGGGCACUUCAUCGGACCGGACGAGGACGUCGGUCGUGAACGGGUUGAGAAAGAAGUUGAAGGAUUCUAUGGAAAGCUUUAACGAGUUGAGAGAGAGGAUCUCGUCCGAGUAUAGAGGAACUGUUCAGAGAAGAUAUUUUACGGUUACGGGGGAAAACCCUGAUGACAAGACUCUUGAUCUUUUGAUUUCAACUGGAGAGAGUGAGACUUUCUUGCAAAAAGCCAUUCAAGAACAAGGGAGGGGAAGAAUUUUGGACACAAUCAAUGAGAUUCAAGAAAGGCAUGAUGCUGUGAAGGAUUUGGAGAGGCAUCUCAAGGAGUUGCACCAAGUUUUCUUGGACAUGGCAGUGCUGGUUGAGGCUCAAGGUGAGCAACUGGAUGACAUUGAGAGCCAAGUGAACCGAGCUAAUUCAUUUGUGAUGGGUGGCACUGAGAGGUUGCAAAGGGCUAGGACCUACCAGAAAAAUACCCGGAAAUGGAUUUGUUAUGCUAUCAUACUUUUGCUCUCCAUCAUCUUCUUUGUGGUGAUAUUCACCGUGAGACCAUGGGAAAACAAUGGCGGCAGCGGCGGUGGCCACAACAGCCCAACCCCACCGGCACCAGCAACAACUUCACCUCCACCUCCACCUCCGCCUCAACAAUAAGCUGCAUUGGUUAGGCAUCAAUCAGAAUAUUAGCUAUGCAGUAUUCUUGUUUGAGAUCUGAGUUUUUGCAUUUGCCUCUCUUGUUUUAGGGUUAGUUUAAUGAAAACUUGAUGGGCUGAGACAUUUGAUUGAAUUGCUUUGAAGCUCUCAACUACAUAUUAUUUGUUGUUUACUAGGAAAGCAAACAGGGUUGGAGAUUGGAGUUGGGAAAGAAAUGGCAUCAAUUUCUUUCCACAAUUCUCAUACAAUUUCUUGGGGAGACACCGUUUUGAUUAUUAAUUCUUUCCUGUAACUAGUAGAUAUUUUUUUGUCUAGAUUGUGCCUGCUUGCUUGGUUGCUACAGAUGUUGUUAACAUGUUCCAACAGGUACAGAUGUUGAUAUAGACAUAUCUAUCCAUAUAUUUAGAUACACAUGUUAUUAUUCUGUACUAGUUUAUAAAUAAAUUUUAGUUUUUGGGAAAA